CACACACACACUCCAUCCUGUCCAUAUCUCAAUCGCAGGCUACGUUUCCGUGUCCGUGAAGUUCUCACAUUGAGGUAUUCCUGGGUCGCAUUGAAAGCAUCAGUACUCUCUUCACUCUCUUUGUGCUCAAGGCUAAGUGAAUGUCGUUGAGAGGUCCUUGUGAGGUUGGGAGGUCCCUAUUUCACAGUCAUAAAAAUGGAUGUACACAAAUACAAUGGAAUCAUAAAUGUCCAUGCUCCACAUGUACCUACAGUAUUUAGUGAUAUUUAUUUGAUUUAGCUUAAAAUUGGACCAUGCCACAGUUACAUUUGAAAAUGGUAUAAUCUGAAAAGCACUUUAUUUUGAUUUAGUAAUAAAUCAUUUACUGGCUUACUUCAGUUCAUAAUUCAGUGGUAAUACAGGCACAGUUGAAAUAGUCCUUCAGCUCUCAGUUUGCAGUAGUCAGAUUGGUCUCAGAUGUGCAAAUCUGUCUGUUUUAGACCAUGAUAACUCCUCCUUUGGCAGCGAUGGCCCCAAUCCUGCUUGUUAUUUAUGUACUAGGAGGAAUUCUACUUGUUAUUGAUGGACUAGGAGGAACUCGGCUUGUAAUUGAUGGACUAGGAGGAACUCUACUUGUAAUUGAUGGACUAGGAGGAACUCUACUUGUAAUUGAUGGACUAGGAGGAACUCUACUUGUAAUUGAUGGACUAGGAGGAACUCUACUUGUAAUUGAUGGACUAGGAGGAACUCUACUUGUAAUUGAUGGACUAGGAGGAACUCUACUUGUAAUUGAUGGACUAGGAGGAACUCUACUUGUAAUUGAUGGACUAGGAGGAACUCUACUUGUAAUUGAUGGACUAGGAGGAACUCUACUUGUAAUUGAUGGACUAGGAGGAACUCUACUUGUAAUUGAUGGACUAGGAGGAACUCUACUUGUAAUUGAUGGACUAGGAGGAACUCUACUUGUAAUUGAUGGACUAGAUUGUGGAUUCUGGCUUUUUCACAACACGGCCUUCCCCCUACUGCGGUGAACGCCACCAUGAGUCUGAGUGUGAACGAGCUGACGGAGCUGAUGGAGAUGUGGGCGGAGCUUAACUUCACAGGGGACAACAUGUCAUCCCACCACGUAGAGGCUCUGCUGUGCCCGGCUGGGUUCAGCCACGCGGCGGUGCUCUACACCCUCUCUGUCCUCUACAUCUUCAUCUUCCUGGUGGGCCUGGCCGCCAACACCCUGGUGGUGUGGGUCAACCUCCGCUCAGAGAGGAACCGCUUUGAAACCCACCUGUACAUCCUCAACCUGGCUGUGGCUGACCUCUGUGUGGUGGCUACUCUCCCAGUCUGGGUCAGCUCGCUGCUACAGCGCGGCCACUGGCCCUUCGGCGAGGCCGUCUGUAAGAUCACCCACCUGGUGUUCAGCGUCAACCUCUUCGGGAGUAUCUUCUUCCUCACCUGUAUGAGCGUGGACCGCUACCUGUCCGUGGCGCUAUUCGGCGACGGAGGGAACAGCCGCAGGAAGAAGGUGGUGCGGAGGGUGAUCUGUAUCCUGGUUUGGCUGCUGGCACUGGCCGCCUCCGUCCCAGACACUUACUUUCUCCAGGCGGUCAAGUCCACACACUCUGACGCCACCCUGUGCCGGCCCGUCUACCCCACUGACAACCCCCGAGAGUGGAUGGUGGGCAUCCAGCUUAGCUUCAUCGUCCUGGGCUUCGCCAUCCCGUUCCCAGUCAUCGCUGUCUUCUACCUGUUAUUAGCAAGCUCCAUUGGCAACGCCAACCCGUCCGGCUCCAGCGCCAACUCAAACCAGGAGCGCCGCAUCAGCCGGAAGAUCAUCCUGACCUACAUUGUGGUGUUCCUGGUCUGCUGGCUGCCCUACCACGGAGUCCUAUUGGUCGACACUUUAUCUCUCCUCAACGUCCUGCCCUUCAGCUGCAGGCUGGAGAACUUCCUGUAUGUGUCCCUCCACCUGACCCAGUGCUUCAGCCUCAUCCACUGCUGCAUCAACCCCGUCAUUUAUAACUUCAUCAACAGAAACUACCGUUACGACCUCAUGAAGGCCUUCAUCUUCAAGUAUUCCACCAAGACGGGCCUGGCCAAGCUCAUUGACGCAUCACAUGUGUCCGAGACAGAGUACUUGGCCGUGGCGGCGGUGGAGAAUAAUGUGUGAUUGGCCCGCUGGGAGAGGAAAAUUGUGUUGGACACACAGAGGUGAUGUCACACAACUCACAGAGAACUGACUCUCUACCAAACGGACUCUAUUUAAGGCCUGCUGAACGGGCUGAACAGUUAACUGAAUGCAGUCCCUGGGAAGGACAUCUCAAGCACAUUAGACGCACUGUAAAAGACCAAGACCAAAUAUGCUCUGUUUCAGUGUAACUCCCGUUUUGUUGUAAUUUCCCCCUUUUUGAGUGAGUUUGGUUAACUUCCCCUUUUUUGAGUGAGUUUGGUUAACUUCCCCCUUUUUGAGUGAGUUUGGUUAACUUCCCCCUUUUUGAGUGAGUUUGGUUAACUUCCCCCUUUUUGAGUGAGUUUGGUUAACUUCCCCCUUUUUGAGUGAGUUUGGUUAACUUCCCCCUUUUUUAAGUGAGUUUGGUUAACUUCCACCUUUUUGAGUGAGUUUGGUUAACUUCCCCCUUGCCUAGUAACAGGGGUGGGGGUCUUCUUGAGAAAGCACUUCUUCUGAACUGGAGACUUGGUGUCACCCAAACAGAUGGUUCAACGACACCGUAAACACACACACACACACACACACAACACACACACACACACACACACACACACACACACACACACACACACACACACACACACACACACACACACACACACACACACACACACACACACACACACACACACACACACACACACACACACACACACACACACACACACACACACACACACACACACACACACACACACACACACACACACACACACACUUCCCCCUGCCCUGGUCAGAGCCACAGCGGAGGGCGACGAGGUGCUCUCCCUGCCAGUGUUUAUGUGAGCAGGCAGUCAGUCAACCAGACUCCAUUACCCUGAAGGACCUGCCACUGAAUCAAGCCACUGUGUUUACAUGGAAAUCAGGAAUGUCAAACGGACUGACAGCCGAGACCAGAGUCAAAACUCUAAAGCUAUAUUUUAUUUUGUAUUCUUUAUUCUGAUCCCCAUCAGCUGACUCUUAAGCAACUUCUGGUCUUCACUGGGGCCAUAAAAAAGGCAUUACAAACACGAAAGCCAAUCUGUAGAAUGUGAGAAGUAGAUGUAUGUAUGUUGAUGUGUGUAUGAUGGUUAGUGAGGUGUCAAUGUGAGAAGUAGAUGUAUGUAUGUUGAUGUGUGUAUGAUGGUUAGUGAGGUGUCAAUGUGAGAAGUAGAUGUAUGUAUGUUGAUGUGUGUAUGAUGGUUAGUGAGGUGUCAAUGUGAGAAGGAGAUGUAUGUGUCAAUGUGAGAAGUAGAUGUAUGUAUGUUGAUGUGUGUAUGAUGGUUAGUGAGGUGUCAAUGUGAGAAGUAGAUGUAUGUAUGUUGAUGUGUGUAUGAUGGUUAGUGAGGUGUCAAUGUGAGAAGUAGAUGUAUGUAUGUUGAUGUGUGUAUGAUGGUUAGUGAGGUGUCAAUGUGAGAAGUAGAUGUAUGUAUGUUGAUGUGUGUAUGAUGGUUAGUGAGGUGUCAAUGUGAGAAGUAGAUGUAUGUAUGUUGAUGUGUGUAUGAUGGUUAGUGAGGUGUCAAU